AUGACCGACCUAUUUGGCUUUGAUGCAGCACCAGAAGAUUCACCCAUCCCUGAGUGUUUUGAGGUCUACGAAGCUUGUAAGCCCCCUUCAAUACUGUUCAGCCCACGCCAAUUGGUCAACUACGAUAAUGAGUCAGCUCCUUUGAAAGUCAGCUCUUUCAAGGACCUCAUCCUCGAUUCGGACAAACCAGCUAGGAAGAUUCCUCAUGGGGAGUUGGAUUUAUGUCCACCGCCAAGAGUACAUUUCAAUGAUACUCUGACUGUCCACAAGAGUACUAGUCAAAUCCUAACUACUACAAAGAAGUCUACUCUAGACAAUGCUGUUGCUUUCUUUACUGACUUUGUCCUGAAAGAUGACUUGCUCCAACAGUUGUCAGAAGCAAGCAUGGGGAGAGAUGAUGCUACUAGUGCUCUUCCUCCUGUACAUGAUGGGAACAAGUCAGAUAGAGAGCCCGACCAAACAAUAGAUGAGAUAGCCACUAACAAAUCUAUUUUGGUUUGUACUCUUGGGAUCCUUGAAGCUACUCUAGACUGUACUCUUGUCUCCCUUGGGCCACUUGACUUUGAUCUGAUUGAUCGUGGAUUGAGCACCGCUAACAUUCCAAAUGCCAUGCUCAUUCCUAAGCAUUGUACUGAUCAUGGCCAAAACGUGUUGGACUCCACAUAUUGGAACUGGAGAAGCUAA